AUGGUCAAGCGGAGUGUGACGAGCAAGUUCCCGAUCGCGCGCAUCAAGCGCAUCAUGCAGGCCGACGAGGACGUCGGCAAGGUCGCGCAGGCGACUCCGGUCGUGAUUUCCAAAGCGCUCGAGUUGUUUAUGCAGGAUAUUGUCGCGUGCUCGGUCGAGCACACGCGCAAGAGCGGCGGCAAACGCGUCGCACCGUACCACUUGAAACGCGCGACAGAGACCAACGAGACCUUUGACUUCCUCAAGGAUAUUGUCGAAAAGGUCCCGGAUCCCCUCGAGUCAGGCGGCGCACGCGGCGGAAAGCGCCGCAAGGUCACCAAGGCAGAGCCGGUCGCGUCAGAGUCUACCGAGGCUCCCGAAGCAUCCGAGGCAUCCGAACCGGCCGCCAAGACCGAGGAGAACGCACCCGCGCCGGAGGCCGCACAGCCGGCCGACGAUGCCAAGGCGCCAGUCAAGGCAGAGCCCGCAGAGACGGCCGAGGACGAAGAGUAG